ACAGAGUACACACACUCUCACUCACAGCCUCAUUUGUGUGUGUGUUUGUACAGUGAGCGUGUGAGCAGCAUGUGGGGGAUUCCCUAUGAGGUCAUCUCGGCCCCGCCCUGAGGAAGCGACUGCGUGACGUACUGAGUUUUGUGCUGGAGCUGAUUUCCCGUUUCGGUUCAGUUCAGAUGGAGCUGAGCUGCUGUCUGUUACUUCUGCUGCUCGUCUCAGCGCUGUGGCCAAUCACCUGCGGUGACUCAGCAGCGCAGGAGGUGAGAGGCACAGUGGGCGGGGCCGUGCGGCUAAAGUGCAACAUUAACACCUCGCUUCCGGUCAAAGGUGUUUACUUUCAGAAGAAGAAUCUCUCCGGAGUGUACGACAUCUUAGUUAAUGGCUUUUACAUCCAUCCAAUAGAUGAAUACAUACACCCUGAGUACAAAAACAGAACCAGUGCCAACAGGACAGAACGCAGCCUGGACUUCUGGGACCUAAAGGCAUCUGACGAAGGAUACUACAAGUGUUUCCUCAUGCCCCAAGACACCCUCAGAAGCUAUGACACUGUAUUUCACCUCACAAUUGCAGCCGAUUACAGUGUUCCCACGGUAACCGUGCGGCAGUGUAGUGAACGUGGUGAAGGAGCGCAGAGCUGUGAGCUGGGCUGCUCGUCGUUUGGGGGAUACCCGCUGGCCAACCUGAGCUGGACCCUGUCGGAGGGCAGUAAUGAGGUCCUCCUGCAGGAAGGGGGCAGCAUGAGCUUGGCUGACAAACACUCUGGCGUCUGGAACGUCUCCCAAACCGUCAGGCUCAACUGCACACAGCCUACUAACGUCAGCUGCUCUGUAGGGGGAGCCAUCUCCCCUCCAAUCAGCAUAUGUACACAGUCUUCUCCUAAACACACGUUGAAGGUGAUCAUAGCAAGUGUUGUGCUCUUUCUUUUCAUCUUCAUCUUACUGAGUGUUUUUAUAAGCUGGAGACCGUGCCGAAGACCACAGCGCUCAGACGAAGAGCGGACUGCUGAGGGUCAAGAGUUAAAGCCGGCUGACCCCAGCCAAACCGAACCUGAACUGUGAGCAUCCUGAAGGUCCUGAAGAAUCCGGUACUUCUGGAGAUUGGGACGGUUCUGCAGUUCCAUGUGUUUGUGUGAACUGUUGGCUCACUGAGCGGACAUACAGAGGACUUGUCAGCGGUCUGUACCGUACAGUGGACCAACGCAGUGAACUUACAGGGAUUGCAUGGACUACUGGAAAGACUGGAACGCUUUAAGGACUGGUGCAGCCAAGAUUUCCCUUGUAAAAAUUGUAAUCAUUUUUAUCAUUGAAUUUUUUUUUAAUUUUAGUAGGAGACUACAUGUUGAAAGUAGGUGUCUUGUAAUGAAUGUGGGCCCUUAGCGGAGGUUGAAAGAGUGAAAAUUCCUACUUAAGUCAGAGCACUGCUGCUGUAGUGGUAAUUCACUUGAACAGUGAAUGCAAGUACAAGUAUUAAUCAAAAUACUAAGAGUCAACAAGUUGUUUAUCGAAAAAAACUACUCAAGUAGUUACUUUAAAGUUAAUAUUUAGCUCAAGGUUUCGCUUAUCGGCUACCAAAGCUAACCCAUUAGCAUACCUUGAACGUUAGCUUACAUGAGCUAAAUUAGCUUGCUAACAGGCAAAAGAACGUAUAAGCUACAGCUUUAGAUCUAGAGGUUCUCUACAACGGUAAAAUAUGAAAAAAAUUGUAAAACAAUAAAACUAGUUAGCUCGCUUAGCUAAUUGCAUCCUCAGUUUGGGGGCUGAGCUGUAACGGCUAUUAAAAAUGAACUUAGCUAAGCUGGAAAUAAAUUGCCUGAUUUAAUUUAUACGUGAAAAAAAAAUACGUGCAAACACUGUAUAGUUGUUAUAACUUAAUAUUUUCCACCUUUGUACUUUACUGACGUUUAAAGGUUCCCCACCGUUUCAGGCCUCCUCAGGUGUGCAGAAGAUCCAGUAAUCUGGUUUCCAGAUUAGACUCCAUGUUAGCGGGGACCAAAUGGAGAUCAAUGCACUUCAGAACUGACUUCCGUAUUUUUGCGUUUCUCAGGGGAACCGUCAGUGUUCGGUAUGUCGUUAAAAAAAAACCCCAGAAGUGUUUGUUUGGCUCUCUGCAGUGAUCUCGCACUUUCUUUCUCAGCGCUGAAUCUGCUGAAUUCUACUGAAACGUACUUUUUUACUUUUUUACUUUCACAGACCUCUUUUAUAAAGUGGGUGCCUGUCGCUAUGUUUUCUCCUUUUAGCCAGUUUUUAUGGCUGAUGAUGAUAGUUUUCUUUUCUGAAACAGUUCUCAGUGAAAGAGGUACUGCAAAGAUGGACUGUUAGUUCUACACUCUUCAAAAUAGAGGUGCCAAAAAUCUUUGCCCAAUGCCAUAGAAGAUCCAUUCAAUGAAUGGUGAGGUAACACUUGAAACCCUGCUGCAUAUCGUUGACAUAAGAUGCCAUGUACUGUAAUGAAUUGUUAUGAUUAUGUUCAGUGUCAUGUUACCAUUACCACCAAUGGUCAUGACAUAGUGUAACAUAAACAUCAAGCAUUAUGGCCUAUGUCAUUACAAUUACAUGAGAAAUGUUAUGCUAAUGCUAACAUGACUGUUACAUCACAACACAUGAUGGCAUAUAAUGUCUGUCUUGACAUGUUUAAGGCAUGUUUCUGUCAAUGUUAAGUAGCCAAUGGCUCUUUAGAGAACCACCACACAAUGUAAAGGUUCUUGGACGAACUUUUAAAUUAGUAGAGUAUAAUUUUUAGGUCA